AUGGGUGACCCUCUAGGAAGUGAGGCGUCGCAGUUGGUAUUAGAGCUAAUUAUCAGCCGGAAGUGUGGGAUAAGUUUCGGCCUCCUCCUCAAACCCUCCUCCUCCUCCGAACGCUCCCUCCUCUCCCCGCUCGACCGCGCCGCCAUCGGCGCCCUCGCCGGCGCCUUCGCCGGUGGCCUCACCUACGUCGCCCUCCUCCCGCUGGACGCCGUCAAGACCCGCCUCCAAACCCUGCCCUCGUCCUCCGCCUCCGCCUCCUCCGCUGUCGCCGCCGCCUCCUCCAUCCUCCGCUCCCACGGCCCCCUCGGCUUCUACCGCGGCCUCUCCGCCGUCCUCCUCGGCUCCGCCGCCUCCUCCGCCCUCUACUUCGCCACCUGCGAGCUCGCCAAAUCCCUCCUCCAUACCCUAACCCUAACCCUCAACCCCUUCUUCGUCCCGCCCCUCGCCGGCGCCCUCGGCAACGUCGUCUCCUCCGCCGUCAUGGUCCCCAAGGAGCUCCUCACCCAGCGCAUGCAGGCCGGCGCCGGCGCCCACCGCCGCACCCUCGACCUCGCCCUCCACAUCCUCCGCGAGGACGGCGUCUUCGGCCUCUACGCCGGGUACGCCGCCACCCUCCUCCGCAACCUCCCCGCCGGGAUCCUCAGCUACUCCUCCUUCGAGUACCUCAAGGCCUUCGCGCUGCGCCUCACCAAGAAGCCCCACCUCGAGCCCGCGCACAGCGUCGCCUGCGGCGCCCUCGCCGGCGCCAUCUCCGCCUCGCUCACCACCCCGCUCGACGUCGUCAAGACCCGCCUCAUGACCCAGCCUCAGGGUGAGGGCAGCAGGAAGGUGUUUGAGACUAUGAGGCAGAUUGUUCUGGAAGAAGGGUGGGCUGGGCUGGGCCGAGGGAUUGGCCCGAGGGUUUUACAUAGUGCAUGCUUUGCGGCUAUUGGUUACUGUGCAUUUGAGACAGCCAGGCUGGCAAUAUUGCAGUGGUAUAUACAGCAGAGGGAGAAGGCCAUGGUUAAAAGUGCAGCUUAAGGGGAAGUCCCAAAGGAGACUGUCGAUCAGGUGUAGUGGGAAGAGAUUGAUGAUUUGCAAUACAAAACCAAAGAGGCUGUGGAUUUAGCCCAUCAAACUGACUUGAUAAUCCUUAGGCUAGAUUAAAAUCAUUAGCUAGUGCUGAAUAGGGAAUUCAUUUUUAUAUAUACUGACUGGAAUAUCAUUUGGUUUAGACAACAAUAUUUGGAUUGGUUUUGUCUCACUUGUAAUAAUAAACUUCAAUUUCUGUCUUUGUAAUUGUCUUCCGGAAAUGUUCAUUUUGGAACA